UAUAAAUUGCCAGCCAAAGUUUAAAGUAAACGACAAAUCACGCAGAGCUCACACGGGCUUGUCGAAGAAGCCAACGUUCGAAAAAUCAAAAAGUGCUACUACAAUUUUACCAGUGCCAUGAAUAAAAGUACCCUUAAAACGAUAAUCAGCGAGACAGAGGGAGAAAGUGGACCUUCUCGUCAGUACGUCAAACUUGCAAAUGAGAAUGGAGUGGUUUGCAUUGAUUCAAACACAAGUUCUUCCAACACAAGAUUCAGGGGAAUAAAGCAUUUGUUAAGCUCAGUAUUCUUACCCCAGGGGUAUCCAUCCUCGGUCAGUGAUGAUUAUCUGGAAUACCAAAUCUGGGACACAGUUCAGGCAUUCGCUAGUAGUUUGUCAGGAUCUUUGUCUACGAGAGCUAUAUUAGAGGGAGUGGGAGUGGGCAGUAGCACAUCCACUCCUCUGGCUGCCACCCUAAUGUGGUUGAUAAAAGAUGGUACUGGAAUGGUUGGCAGAAUAUUAUUUGCCUGGUGCAAUGGUACAAAACUAGAUGCUGAUAGCAAAAAAUGGAGAUUUUUUGCCGACCUUCUCAAUGACUGUGCUCUAAGCCUUGAAUUAUGUGCCCCCUAUGCUGUAGCAGCAGUUGGAGGAUCUAAUGGGGCUAUGACUGGUAUCCUUUGCGUUUCUGGUGUGGCUAAAUCAAUCGUCGGGGUAGCAGGUGGAGCAACUCGAGCAGCAUUAACCCAACAUCAGGCUAGACAAGGGAAUCUGGCCGACGUAUCAGCCAAAGAUGGAAGUCAGGAAACCUUGGUCAAUCUCGCUGCACUAAUCACCAGCCUCUGGCUCUUACCUUUCUUGGACGGGUCUACAAAGAUGACGUGGUUUUCUUUUUUUCUGUUUACGUUGCUGCACGUCUUCGCCAACCUGAAAGCGGUGAAAGCUGUCAGCAUGGAAACGAUUAACAGAACUAGAUACAUGCUCAUUUUGAAGCAAUUCGCCUCGUGUAAAGACGUGCCUUCAGUGAAAGUCAUCAACCGACUUGAACCCGUCGUCAUGGGUCUCAUUCCAACUGAGAAAGACGUCUGCGGCUACCGGAUAGAACUUGGAUGCUCAAUCAAAGCUAUUGCCUCCAAGAAGGACUUGGAAAAUCAGUUAGCUGUUUAUUCUGACCGAAACUUUGCCUUGAUUCCUGAUUCUGUUAGUAAAACUAUCUACAUAAUUUAUCGACAAGACUGCACAUCAGAAGAGAUGCUGGAAUCUUAUUCACACGCCGUUCUGGCUGCUAUGCUUGCAUCCGGAUACGCGGUUAGCGGUAUGAAGCCGGUAGUCGAAGGUGACAUCUCCAGUGCGCUUCUUAAGAUGGUGAAAGAGAACUGCUGGGGAGAACUUCGAGAUGGACUUGCGAAUCAGGGAUGGAUUCUCAACCGUUCGCUUCUAGCCACUGGCGAAUGGCGAGCUUCGUGGUCAAACGACAUGUAAAAAUAAGGGGCAAUGAAAGGAUUCCGAACGCCGUUGAUAACCAAACCUGGCAUAAAUUUGAAUAAACAAUACAAUAA